GUGCGCCGCGUAGGGGCGUUCGGUUGGGUUUUGAGUGCGGGGCGAAUCAAUGGUGUCUGUAGUGGUUAAGAUCCCCGCGGCUGUAUCUCGGUGCUUCCUGUGGUGAGUUCCCUUCGUGGAUCUGUCACCAGCAGUGGUCUCGAAGACACAGCUCGCCGUGGGAACAUGAAUCUCCUACCUAAAAGCUCCAAGGAGUUUGGCUCUGUUGACUAUUGGGAGAAGUUCUUCCAGCAGCGAGGAAAGAAAUCUUUCGAAUGGUAUGGAACCUAUCUGGAACUGUGCGAGGUACUGCACAAAUACAUCAAGCCCAGGGAGAAGGUGCUUGUGAUUGGAUGCGGCAACUCAGAGCUAAGUGAGCAACUAUAUGAUGUGGGCUAUCACGAUAUAGUGAAUAUUGACAUCAGUGAGGUCGUCAUCAAGCAGAUGAAAGAGCGCAACGCCAGCCGACGGCCCCACAUGAGUUUCUUGAAGAUGGACAUGACACAGAUGGAGUUUCCUGAUGCCACGUUCCAGGUGGUGCUGGACAAGGGCACGCUGGAUGCUGUCCUGACCGACGAGGAGGAAAAGACCCUGCAGCAGGUGGACAGGAUGCUGGCUGAGGUUGGCCGUGUCCUGCAGGUGGGCGGUCGCUAUCUCUGCAUCUCCCUGGCUCAGGCUCACAUCCUGAAGAAAGCAGUGGGUCACUUCUCUCGGGAGGGGUGGAUGGUGAGGGUGCACCAAGUGGCCAACAGCCAGGACCAGGUGUUCGAAGCAGAGCCUCGGUUCUCUCUGCCUGUCUUUGCCUUCGUCAUGACCAAGUUCAGGCCAGUCCCUGGCUCUGCCCUUCACAUCUUUGAGCUGUGUACUCAGGAGCAGGGCAAGCCUGUACGGCUGGAGAGUGCCGAUCGGCUGGCCGAGGCCGUGCGGGAGCGGCAGCACUAUGCUUGGCUGUGCAGCCAGCUGCGCCGCAAGGCUGGGCUGGGGAGUGUAUCUCUGGACUUGUGCAAUGGGGACACUGGGGAGCCACGCUACACCCUCCACGUGGUGGACAACCCCACUGUGAAACCAUCGCGGGACAGUCAUUUUGCCAUUUUCAUCAUACCCCAGGGCAGGGAGACUGAGUGGCUCUUUGGCAUGGACGAGGGCCGGAAACAGUUGGCGGCGAGUGCAGGCUUCAGGAGGCUGGUCACAGUGGCUCUUCAUAGAGGCCAGCAGUAUGAUGGCAUGGAAAGCAUUCAAGCAGAGCUGUCAACCAGAGUCAUGGAGCUGGCCCCAGCCGGGAUGCCUCCCCAGCAGCAGGUUCCCUUCUUGUCUGUGGGCGGGGACAUUGGAGUCCGGACUGUUCAGCACCAAGACCACAGUGCCUUGAGUGGUGACUAUGUUAUUGAGGAUGUGCAAGGGGAAGAUAGGUGGUACUUUCGGCGGCUCAUCUUCCUCAGCAACAGGAACGUGGUGCAGUCGGAAGCCAGGCUGCUGAAGGAUGUGUCUCACAGAGCCCAGAAGAAACGGAAAAAGGAGAGGAAGAAACAGCGACCUGCUGAUACUCCCGAGGACUUCCCUCCUGUCCCAGGACAGUCCAUCGAUAAGAGUUACCUCUGUUGUGAACACCAUAAAGCCAUGAUCGCUGGCCUUGCCCUGCUAAGAAACCCAGAGUUGCUCUUAGAGACUCCUCUGGCAUUGUUGGUAGUGGGCCUAGGUGGGGGUAGCCUCCCCCUCUUCGUUCAUGAUCAUUUCCCAAAGUCUCGUGUCGAUGCUGUUGAGAUUGACCCGUCCAUGUUGGAAGUGGCCACCCAGUGGUUUGGCUUCUCACAGAGUGACCGGAUGAAGGUUCACAUUGCAGAUGGCCUGGACUACAUUACUGGCCUGGCAGGAGGAGAAGCACGGCAGCACUAUGAUGUGAUCAUGUUUGAUGUAGACAGCAAGGAUCCGACACUGGGAAUGAGUUGUCCUCCCCCGGCAUUUGUGGACCAACUUUUCCUGCAGAAGGUCAAAAGCAUCCUGUCUCCUGAAGGUAUCUUUAUCCUUAAUCUCGUGUGUCGCGAUUUGGCGUUAAAAGAUUCAGUGCUGGCUGGACUCAAAGCAGCCUUCCCUCUCCUGUAUGUCCGGCGAAUUGAGGGUGAAGUGAAUGAGAUCCUGUUUUGUCAGCUGCAACCAGAGCAGAAACUUGCUACACCAGAGCUCCUAGAAAUGGCUCAGGCUUUGGAGCGGACCCUGAGGAAGCCUGGGCAGGGUUGGGAUGACACCUAUGUCCUGUCAGAUAUGCUGAAGACUGUGACAAUUGUAUGAUUGGGGCCAGCCAGCCCUCUCAGCUUUCUAACCAGACUGACUUGUACCUUUUGGCUGCUGGAGUAUGAUGCACAGUUCUUUUAGAACUCAUGUUUUUCUUGGUUUCAUACUCAGCUACAUCCCUCCCACCUUUUGGUUUGGGAGGCAGCUUGGGGAUAAUUGUGUUUAUUUUUUUUUUUAAGAGUAUGAUUAUGGAAGAAGAGCAGGUUGGUCAUCUGCUUCUGGAGGCUGAGGGAAGACCAAGGGCAGAAGUUACAGUUGGCCAGUGUGCUACUGUGGAUCUUCAAUGUCUUCCCAAAGGUCAUAUGCUGAAAGCGGAUUCCCUGGCCCCUUUGGAAAAUGGAGGACUUUUGGGAGGGGCUUUGCGAAGGAAGUUAGGUCACCAUUGUGCCCUUGAAGGACUUUGUCCUUGCUUGUUGGCUGCUGUCAAGUGAAGUGCUCUCCCACAGCAUCUUCCCCUCCACGAUGCCCUGCUUCUCCACAGGCCCAAGGACAAUGGGUCUGCCCACUCAUAGCCUGGGACCUCCAGACUAGGCCAAAUAAACCUUUCUUCCUUGCAAA